UCAUCAGGCUGGGUGGCUGUUUACGGGGAAAGUCAACCGUUUCGCCUAGGCCACCAUCAAGAGCGGCGAUUAGAGAAGACCUCCAUGCCCACCAGCCACAGCGCCGCCAACUCAAUCAAGUGGGGUACAGAUCUCCCCCGUUUUGUUUUUGAGACUAAAAGAAAAAUCAAUUUCGGUGACAUAAGCCGCUGUUAAGUGUUAGCGUUUUCGAAUUUUGUUGCGGAUUUUUUAACGCCGAGUACCCGCCAGGUAUACAGUCCCUCAACUGUCUCUCUGGGGUUUAAGGUGCUGCCCUCAAUCGUCUUUUUCUUUUAGACGCUUAAAUAAGCACCAUGUACCCGAUAGAAACCACCUGAUUCUUUUUUUGCUAAUCUUACAGCUCGAGCACAGUUGCAAACAGAACACAAUUUAAAUUUUACAGUUCAAUAUUUCUGUAUAUACCUGCUUUAAACUAUAUUUCAACAGCGUACAAAACCCGUUACAGAGGAAUAUAAAACAAUGUAAUUUGACCUAGUCGCAGGAAAAUGACGUCAACAGUUUGCUAUCGGAGGAACCCUAGCAGAUUCGCACAUUUGAAAACUAUGAAAUAUAUACAAAAAACACUCAUAUGUUCUUUUAUAAAAUUAUAUACAAUUUAUACAAAGUUAAGUACUGUGCUGUUUACAAGGUGAUGCAUCGAAGUAAUUAUUGUUAUGAAGAACAUCGAAUAGUCGUUUCUGAAAGCCCCGAAUGUAAUUACCAAUAUGUCUGCUCCCAGUGUCGAGCAGCAAUGUUGAGUAUUCCGGACAGACUCGGCUGACAUUUGUGAAACUGUUUCAAAGACUGCAUGAGUUUUCAUGGCUACGGAAAUCGGCGCAUCAAAUUAUCGCUAGGACGUCGUGGAUACAUUACAUCUGGCGUUUUGAUCCAAAUUUCGGAAGCUCUUCAUUGCAAACAUAGCUCAUUUAGCUUAAAUCCCCAACAGGCUAAUAGUUAUUUGAAUACUGAAACACAGGACCAAAUCAUGAUGACCAGUAAACGAUUUCUGAGUAUUUUAAAGCAUGCGAGCCUAAGGACAUUCGUCAGAAAUGUCACGACGUCCUGGUCUCCGGUAGGAGCUGCCUUCAAUGCGAGACAACACAGAAAGCUGGAUCUUCUCGGUAAAAACGUGGGCCUGUUUGCCGUGCCGGAGCUGAGCUCUCCCGAGGGGUUCGAAGUCGCCCAGGAGAAGGCCCUCCGGCAGACGGAGCGCCUGGUGGAGAGAGUCUGCGCCUCCAGGCCUGGGCCGCAGGUCGUGGAGACCUUCGACCAGCUGUCCGACAGCCUGUGCAGAGUGGCCGAUCUGGCGGAUUUCGUGAAGGUUGCACACCCUGACGCUGCGUACCGGGAGGCGGCGGAGAAGACCUGCAUCAGGAUUGGCACAGUGGUCGAGAAGCUGAACACAAACGUCGACCUCUGCAAGAGUCUGAAGGAUUUGUUGGAUAACAAGGACAUUAUGGAUUCCCUGGACCCAGAAACGAGGAGAGUCGCGGAGCUUUUCAUGUUUGAUUUUGAGAUCAGUGGAAUUCAUCUGGAUAAAGAGAAGCGCAAGAAAGCCGUGAGCCUCAACGUCAGGCUGCUGGACCUGAACAACGAGUUCCUGCUGGGCUCCCACCUCCCCAACAAGAUCGAGAAGCGGGCCCUGCCAGAGCACGUGCGCCACUGCUUCUCCCUCGACGGCAACUACAUCCAGGUCGCGGGGCUGCACGCUGACUCUCCGGACGACCUGGUCCGGGAAGCUGCGUAUAAAAUCUUCUUGUACCCCAACCCGGACCUCCUGUGCUGUCUGGAUGAGCUGCUGGCUUGCAGGAAUGAGUUGGCUAGACUGGUGGGCUAUCAGUCGUUUGCUCACAGAGCUUUGAAAGGAACAAUGGCCAAAACCCCAGAGACCGUCACGGAGUUUCUGGAACUUCUGUCUGAAAAGCUUUCUGACAGAGCGGCAAAAGAUUUUGAAAUGAUGAAAGAUAUGAAAACAAAGCUGAACCCAAGAAACGCAGACCUCAUGCCCUGGGACCAUCCCUACUACAGCGGUGUCCUGCGUGCUGAAAGGUACAAUAUUGAGCCCGGCCUGUACAGCCCGUUCUUCUCCCUGGGGGCGUGCAUGGAGGGCUUAAACUCCCUGUUCAGCCAGCUCCUGGGCGUCAGCUUUCAGACAGAGCAGCCCGAGAAAGGAGAGGUCUGGUGCGAAGACGUCCGCAAGCUGGCUGUGGUUCAUGAGACUGAGGGGCUGCUGGGUUACAUCUACUGUGACUUCUUCCACAGGCCUGACAAACCCAACCAGGACUGCCACUUCACGAUCCGCGGGGGGCGCCGGCUGCAGAACGGCCAGUACCAGCUGCCAGUGGUGGUCCUGAUGCUCAGCCUGCCCCCGCCCUCCAGCAGCGCCCCCGCCCUGCUCACGCCGGGCAUGAUGGAGAACCUCUUCCACGAGAUGGGCCACGCCAUGCACUCCAUGCUGGGCAGGACCCGCUACCAGCACGUCACAGGAACCCGCUGUUCAACAGAUUUCGCUGAAGUUCCUUCCAUUUUGAUGGAGUAUUUUGCGAGUGACUACCGCGUGGUGAAUCAGUUUGCACGACAUUACCAGACAGGACAGCCUCUGCCUAAAAGCAUGGUCUCCCGCCUGUGUGAAUCCAAGAAGGUGUGUGGUGCAGCAGACACACAGCUCCAGGUUUUCUAUGCGGCCUUGGAUCAGAUCUAUCACGGAAAGCCCCAAAAUCGGUCAACGACUGAAAUUCUGAAAGAGACGCAGGAGAAGUUCUAUGGACUGCCAUACGUUCCCAAUACGGCCUGGCAGCUGCGCUUCAGCCACCUGAUCGGCUACGGGGCCAAGUACUACUCCUACCUGCUGUCCCGGGCCGUGGCCUCCAUGGUGUGGCGGCAGUGCUUCCUGAAGAACCCUUUCGACAGGGAAAUGGGAGAGCGCUAUCGCAGAGAGAUGCUGGCGCACGGAGGAGGAAAGGAGCCCAUGCUCAUGGUGAAAGGCAUGCUCCAGAAGACCCCCUCCGUGGAAGACCUGGUCGACGCACUGGUGGCAGACUUGAAUCCUGACUUCGAAAGCUUCCUCAUGGAUUCUGAGUGAACAGGACCCCCUUUGUCAUCUCCAAAAUCCUUUUCUUCUUUUCUGGCAGUAUGUGCAACAUUCCUGAAUUAAGGGAAACGGGUAGCUCACCUUCAUUGUGUCACUAGCUGAAUGAAAAUAAACUGCCCGAUUGUAAAUCUCUGAUUAGAGGGGUGACAGGAAUGCGAAGCAGAAGAAUCUGCAGAACUCUAAGCUCACACCACAUUUUGAUACAUGGAGUUUGCUUUUCUGUCCGUUUAACCACGUUUCUGUGUGCACUUCUCAAAUCUCAUGGAGUGGAAUUAACAGAGAAGGGUAUUGGUUAAUGACAACACUAACUUCUGUUUGUCUGAAACCAUCAAUGUGUAAAAAGACUGAAUAUGAAAAUAUUUCAGGGAUUGUUUUUAUACCUCUUAAAUCCUGGACUCUACAUUGUUGCUUUGUUCUGGGUGACAGAUGAAUAUGAAGGACUGGUUCCUAUGGCCUGCCCUGCUGGUGUGGAGAUCUGUGGCUGUUGUCGGAUUCUGAUUUGCAGUUGUUGAUGAGUGCCGUGUUCUUGCCGGCCAAGCAGGUGUACCGCAGCACCUUUGCAAGGAGAAACAGCUCAGACACACAUUAAGAAAUACUAUGUAUAAUGUUGGAAGUCAGACUUUUCUGUCCUGGUCCAUCAAGGAUAUUUUUUUUGUACAGAGAAUAGUAACAACUGUGUAAAAUUAAAAACCUUGGGUCAUAAUGAAAUGAACUGAACUCAUAACGUUUACAUUUCUGAAACUGUUUUAAACAUAAGCUAUUUUUGGGGGCUAUUUUUGAAGUAACACCCUACCGUUGUCUACUGUCUACUGCCGCCCUUCACAGUAUAUGGUCUGAUGAACGCAAACCAUGCGCUACCUUUAGAAAAGGUCCUGAUUUAAAUAGAAAGUAUAAGUAUUCUGCUCCUCGUGGAAUUUUUUUGUGUGAAAACUGCAGGUCUGACCAUGUUUAUUGAAAUACAUUUUUCAGGACUUCUGAUACAUGUGUUUUAGUUCAUGUCCAGUAAAACAGGAAGAAUAUAAAUCUGAGCUCUUAGUCAUUGUGCCAGUGUUUUGACUUGGAAAGAAAAAUAUGGUGUCUCUGUUUUGUCUAAGGUCUGUGGAGAUUUAAAAAACGGUGUGUGUGACUCAUUUAAACAGUGAUCUAACUGGCUCAGCUUUGCUCUUUGAGAGACUUUGCUCAUCUGCGGUUUUACAUAAAGAAGCGUUUCACCACAAAAUCAAGUUUUACCUGUAAUUUCAUCAGUUCCAGCACGAUUAUUAAAAGGUGUAUGCUCGUGCUUUCUAAAUCACAUUCUUUCCUUCCAUUAAAUUUAACCCCAUACCAUUUGUGGAAUGA